GUGUACAUGACUACUGUUAUCAGGUUCAUCACCGAACUGUGUAAAGUAUUUUUUCUGUUAAAUCGUUAAUAUUAUCAAUUGCUUGUAAAAUAUAGUUAUUAAACAAGUGUCCUAGAAUGCCCUUCAGACGAUCUGCUAUGCGAUACGGUCAUAUCGUUGGCUAUACCAGUGUGACGUAUCAAGAUGAUGGAGAACGAAUCCUCAGUAUCGGACAGGAUGGUGAUAUUCGGAUCUGGGAUGGUGUCUUUGACGACGAUCCCGUUACGACCUGCGUGGCGGAAAACGUCUGGACCUUGCUGCAGUACGGUGAUCGAGUUCUGAUCGCGAAUGAUUUGAACACGGUUCAGGCAUACAAGUUUCCUGGGCUGGAAAAGGAUGGUAUUGAUUUCCGCUUUACGGCAUUCGUUACCAAUUUGGCACGGAACGAACGUUUCCUCGUUGCUGGAUCGGAAGAUGGAAUGAUAAAGGUUAAACCGGUUGAUGGAGAAGGCGAGUUUGAGCUGACCGGUUUGGAAGGGCCGGUCCUGAGCAUGGACCUGAGUGUGAAGGAUUUAUUAGCUGCCAGCUGUGGGGACGGGAGGCUAAGGGUUUGGGAUUUGAAAAGUAAGAAGCUGGUGAAGACAUUUGACGGGCUGCGGAAGGCUAAAAGCUUCGAGGGAAAUGUGCAUUUUGCAACCCCAAGUUUUGAUCCGGUCCGUGGAAAUUUACUGGCUUACCCGAAUGGCAACGAAAUCGUGGUACUCAAUACAGCAACAUGGGAGCAGCAUAAGGUACUCAAGCACUCACUAAUUUCGUCGGAGUUUACGUGUUGUGCUUUCUCGCCACGGGGAGAUUUUUUUGCUGCAGGUUCUGAAAAGGGAGAGGUUGGCAUUUGGGAGUAUAAAUCCGGUAAAAUCAUUGCAGGGGAAACAGCAUCGAUCGAUGCAUAUCCAAUCACUGGUUUGGCAUGGCAUCCGAACAAUAACGGGGAGUUAGUCAUUUGCGAUGAUCAAGGACAGCUGGGGAACGUCAAUGAUAUCUUUCUCAGCGAUGAACCUGAUAUGCCUGACGAUGGAAAUGAUUUGAUUGAAAUGGCCGAGAAGGAGGCGACCGGGGUUGCAGCUGAAGAUGACGAUAUGGAGUUGGACGAUAUUUACUCAACACAUGUAGCUGGAGAAAAACUGGUUGAAGACGAUUCUGAUGAUGAGAACACUUUCUCUGUGAACAAGCUGAAAAGUCAAUAUCCAACGAAUUUUGAUGAUCAAGCAAGUGAUCUGAUGAGCAACAAAGCUGAUUCGAAUCGAGCUGAUGAUGCUCACUCUGUCAUGAGUGACAGAGUUGGAUUUAAGUCAUAUCCUAUGCAAGACUAUUUCCAAUCGGGAUCAACGCCGGAUCACUUGGAACAUCGCUACCUGGUGUACAACCACGUAGGGAUUGUCAGAGCACAUUCUGAUGACAAAGAAAAUUCAAUCGAAGUCGAAUUUCAUGAUUCUCAAAAGCACCAUGGUAUUCAUUUGAAUAAUUACCUAAAUCACACAAUGGCAGGAUUGAGCGAAACGGUACUGGCAAUGGCUUGCACCUCCGGGGUGGAGGAAAAAGGCAGCAAACUAGUCUGCAUAAACCUGGUUGCAUUCGGUAACCGGGAAUGGAGUUGCACAAUGCCGGGUGCGGAGGAAAUUAUCGGAGUAGUUGCUUCGGAUAAAAUCGUUGUUGUAGCAACGGACAGCCGCCAGUUGAGAAUCUUCACUGCGAGAGGCACACAACGUGAGGUCAUUUCGGUGCCUGGGCCACUAGUUACAAUGGCAGCCUACGGGGAUCAUGUUCUGGUGGCGUACCAUCGUUCGCCACCGAACGAAGAUCAACAGAUAAAUCUUAUGUUAAUCACAUGUGUUAAGUUCAAACUACGCUGUCGUGAAAUAUCGAUUCCGCUGUCCGCCGGAGCGGAAAUUCGUUGGCUAGGUUAUUCCGAUAAAGGUUCUCCGUUGGUAUAUGAUUCAGCAGGCAUAAUGCGUUUGUACCACGCCUCUGCUAAUCUUUGGUUUCCCGUUCUGGAUGCAGAGCAGCACAAAGCCGGUGCUUCCGAUAGUCUCUUUAUAGUGAAUGUUUCUGAAUCCCUCCAACAGAUUCAGUUAAUCGUGUGCCGCGGGGCGAAAUUCCCUCUGACAAAUCCGAGACCGAUUCCGUUGAACGCCAACUUCCAGCUACCGAUGUGUGACGUAGAUUUCGAAAAAAGUAAUCUGGAAGAUGAGCUGGUCAGAAGUAUCUAUUUAAAAAGUGACGAAGCUGACAAGGUACUGAAGGAGACCGCCGUCAAACUGUUUGCGAUUGCAUGUCGUUCGGAAAUGGAACAGCGAGCAAGGGAACUGGUUGAGACCAUCGGAUCGAGCCAGUUAAUUCCGAUUGUUAUAAAGUAUGCCAGCAAGAUAAAACGAUUCCAUCUGGCGGAUAGUCUGGCACCACUGCUUUCAACCUUCCAACAACAGGAAAAAGAAGAGGAACAGCAGGAGUUGGAAUCAAUUAAAGAAAAUACCGCUAUGGUCAGUGAACUGGAACACAUUAAUCUUGAAGCGGUCACAAAGAAGGAUAACACACCUAAAAUUAAACCCAUGCCGAUGGUGAUGCGAAAAAACAAUCCAUUCCGCAAAAAUGAUAGUGCCUCAAAAUCUUCGACACCUUCUUCCGGCAAUCCACUUGACCAUCUUACGGGUAAAGCGAUCGGUUUCAGUUCUCCUAGCACAACAAGGGAACGAGCCGAGUCGGCCAACGUAAGCGGGGUUUCCGAGCUGCCGGGCGGGACAGCCGACGACAAUAGCCUGCCGGAAAACAAUGAGAAUCAACCGAAAAAUUGCAACGGCACUCCUUCCGGGAUGAAGUUUUUACCCUGGUUCGAGAGCAAUAAGGAACACCUGAAGAAGGAAUAUACGGAUGCGAACGAUGCUGAACUAAUCAAGAUAGGGAUGAGACAGUUCAAGACGUUAAACAGCUACUCGCUGCCACGGGGUUCAAGUGAGAAGCGGAAGCUGGAAGACGAUGAGCGGGGUGAGUCCGGGGUGGCUAAGUUGGCUAAAUUCGGUUUCACCAAGCAGUGACUGCGGUGCGUUUUUUGUUUUGUAAAGAACAUAAUUUAAGUUCGAAAUAAAAUUUCUACUCAUUUUAUGGGGUACU